GGCUGCUUUAGGGCCCAGCAGCUGGAUGAAAGCUUUCAUUUGGACCCAUGGCUUGGCAGUGGCUUGAGCUGCUCAUGCUCCUAACUGGGCCUCUGCUGAUGGUGACGGGUCUGGGAUGGGAGCAAAUCAAUGAAAGUCAGCUUCAGAUGUUUUAUGAGACUGGUCAGUGGAGUGAACCGCUCAGCUUUACUGCAGAUGAUGACAUUGACUAUUACGAUUAUGGAGAUGAAAUUCCAGAGGAAGAAACAUAUCCUGAAGAUGCCUUCCUGGAAGCUGAAGGUGUCAUCAUAGAUGAUAACUCUCCUGAUGCAUUUGAGGACAGUAAAGAUGACAACUACGAAGAUGAAAUUCCUGACAAAACUGAAGGUUUUGCAACUACUGACACAUCUCAUGAGGAUGCAUUCGAGGCAAAAGGUAUCUUGACAGAUGACGACAUGGAAUAUGAUAACUAUGAAGAUGAAAUAGUAAAUGAAGCUAGAGGCUUUGCCACCAAAGAAAUGUUUGAUCCUUUUCCUGACAUUAUGCACGAAGUAGAUCCAGGUACAGAUGACUGGCCCAAUGCAACAGAAAGUAGAUUUCGUGUGGAGUUUGUGGAUGCCUCCCCAAGGAGCUGGACCAGCUGUAUGAGCUCGACUUCUGAUGGACUGGAUGUGGUUUGCAGCAAAGAUGGCUUCCAAAUUACUCUGCCACCAGGGCUUAUAAGUGAGAUCCAAGUCGUGGGCUCAAAGAACAUUUCCGCCGAGGAUGCUCCGGAGGAUUGUGGUUAUCACAUGACCCACCUCAACAGGACCUUGACUGUGCCCUUCACUGGGUGUAAUGUGAGAGAAGAAGUUGAAGAUAUUUUUAGUCUGCAGCUGUCUGUCAGAGUCUCUGGUCAGACCCGAGAGUUUAUUGCAUUUUGUGUGGAAAGUACAAAGUUUGACUCUGGCCAGUUCCCUCGUGCUUUUGGCAAACUCACAAAGUGCAAUAAACCAGCCAUCAAUGUGCCACCCACCACUACUGCCAAACCCACAAGGUGUGUCUCCAAGACCACUGUACCACCAACGGCUCAACCCACUAAAUGCCCUCAUGGGACCCCUGCACCACCAACGUCAAAACCAUCAAAGCCUCACAAUUGUGCCAUCCAUGUGGGAGAAAGAAUUUCUUGUGGUUACCCUGGAAUAGCUCCCUCAAACUGUGAGAAGAAGGGAUGCUGUGUGGAUUUGUCUGAACAUACCUGCUAUUACCCACUGGAUGAAUGCACUGAGGAUGGACACUUUGUUUUUGCCAUUCGCCACAAUUCUGCAUCCAUCCCAGUGAACCCCAAGCAGCUCGUUAUUCCCAGGAAACCACUCUGUAAACCAGCCAUUGUUAAUGACAAGGUUGCCAUCUUUAAAAUCAGUUUUACAGGUUGCGGAGCUCUUUCUUAUGAAGUUGGUGAGACAAAAAUCCACCUUAUUGAAGUGCAUACUGUAGUCCAAGCUCUGCACCUCAAGUAUGGCAUAAUUACAAGAAGUGAUCCACUCAGAUUCUUGUUUGAGUGCCGCUACAACCGUCAUGGCAAUACUCAGGAUUCGAUGGCCAGUGUCAGCUACUUGGUCAAUUCCUCAAACUCCAAUUUGCCAUCAUCGAUCAUCUCAAAAGGCUUUUAUGGUGUUGAGUUGAAAAUUGCUAAAGAUCACACAUAUUCAAGUUACUUCCCCACAUACCAUCAGCCCUUGCAAAUGCUCCUCGGCCAUCCUGUGUAUCUGGAAUUGAGUCUGAAGUCUCCAAAUCCAGAUGCAGUACUUCUAGUUAACUACUGUUUGGCUUACCCACGUUCUGCAAAGAAUGCUGUGGUACUUAUUCAUGAAGGCUGUGCCAAUCCAAAUGAUCCAAAUGUGUCGAUACUUAAAGUCAGUAAUCUUCCCAAUCGUCGUCAUCUAAGACGCUUUGUAGUGCAUGUCUUCCAGUUUAUGGAUCAAAAGACAAACCGUUACCUGAAUGAAGAAAUCUAUUUCAUGUGCUCCGUAGAAGUUUGUAAUCCUGCCGAAAAGACAUGUAAAGAGCAAUGCUUUGAUGGGAAAGCACCAUGAGGAUUUCCACAUCUGAAAAUAAAGUUUUAUUUUUAUAUUACAAAAUUCACGACUGAGAAUUAUUUAAAAAAAAAUAU